AUGCUCUGCGUGCAGGUGGAUGUGGUCAUGCUGGUCCAGGACAAGUGGUCGGCUCUCCAGAACAAUAAGGACUGCAAGACUUCUGACAUAAACAUCCGUGUGAGACCCAAAGUGCCACUUCUGGAUCAGCCUUUAAAACGCCUCCUUGGUGAUGUCCUACGUGAGGUGGGGUGCGACAUCGUCAACACCAGCCUCAACACAGUGAGCGCUCUGCUCGGCUCCAGGACCUCCGCACUCCCACUCGGGGCUCGGGGAGAUCUGCCCCCCUUUUCCAUCAUCGGCGGCGAUGCUAUCCAGCUGGAUCUAAACCUCCUCGCCGGGGACGUGGAGGGCGGCGUGGUGGCCUCCACCCAGGGACUGCCGCUCGCCGCCACCCUGCUGCUGGCCACUGGCCGCCCGCCGUGGCUCAGCCUCUCCCAGCGCGCCCUCAGCACCCUGCUGGAGGUGGUCCAGGAGCAGGGAGCCUUCAACCUCAGCAUCAGCAACUGGAUGCUCGCCAAGAUCCUCCCCGGCUCUCUGCCGCUGGAGCUGCGCGUGGGGGUGGCCAACGAGCCGGUGGUGGCCGUGAGGGGCAGAAGAGCCACCGCCACCCUCAAAGCCUCCAUCGACGUCUUCAGUCCCUCCCUGCAGGCCUUGCAGAAGCCCCUCUUCUCCCUCGAUACGGACAUCGUUCUGAACAUCAUCCCAUCGGUCUCCGACGGCAAACUGCGAAUCUCCGUGGCUCUCGACAGCAUCAACCUGACACGGGCACCGCUGAGACUCGACCCUCUCAGUGUCUCCCGGCUUGCAGGAUGGCUCAAGCAAGUCCUUGAGGCUGCAUACGUACCUGCCAUUAACGGUCCUGCCAGCACUCCCCGCCGAGCAGAAGACACCAUGCCACCGGCUCUGGGCAUCGCCCUCUUGUAUGCCCUGCUGACCCCGUCACUGAGCCAGCCAAAAGAUGCCGUCCUCAGGCUCAGUAAAGGUGUUUUAAGCGAUGCUCUUACAGGCUCGCUCAGGCAAGGCAAUGCCCUCCAAGGCGCCCUCGGAGAGGUGCCGCUCGGGAGCGGACGUCCCGGCCCAGAUGGAAGUGGAGACCUGUUGGGUGGCCUCGGAGGUGCCCCUGGUGGUGGUGGCAGUGGUGGUGGUCUGCUUGGUGGUAUUACUGGUGGUUUGCUGGGCAGCAGUGGCGAAGGGCUGCUGGGGGGGCUGACUGGUGGUCUGCUUGGUGGAAGGGGUGAUGCCGGCGGUGACUUGCUGGGUGAAGGGGGUGGUGGAGGCGCUUACGGGGGGUGGCCCAGAAACUCUCCCAAUGGCCGGCCGGCAGCUGGUGGCGACGUCCCCAGGGAUGGCAUCCCCGCGGGGGUUGCUGGAGGAGCGCUGGGACAAGGAGGUCUGCUCGGUGAUGGAGGUGUCCUCGGCACGGCAGGGAUCCUCGGUGGCCCCGGGGGCCUUCUUGGCAGAGGAGGGCUUCUGGGCAAUGGAGGGCUGCUGGGAGGCAGCGGCCUGCUCGGCGUCCUCGGGGAAGGCGGCUUGCUCAGCACCGUCCAGGGGCUCACCGGGCUGAGGAUCGUGGAGCUGACGCUCCCCAGGGUGUCCCUGCGGCUCCUGCCUGGCAUUGGCAUCCACCUCAACCUCUACACCCGGGUGGCCCUCAAUGCCAAGAGCCUCCUGGGUUUGCUCGACAUCGCGGUGGAAGUGAACAUCACUUCAAAGGUCAGGCUAACCAUGGACGGCACGGGCUACCCCAAACUGGUGAUGGAAAGAUGCGAUGCCCUCCUUGGCGGCAUUAAAGUCAGACUCCUGAGAGGCCUGCUCCCAAUUGUGGAUAAUUUAUUGGCAAGUGUCCUGAACAGACUUCUUCCUAAUCUGCUCUGCCCAGUGGUCGACAUCGCCCUGGGACUUGUCAACGACCAGCUGGGUCUUGUGAACUCACUGGUGCCCCUGGGUUUGCUGGGCAGUAUCCAGUACACUGUGUCCAGCCUUCCCCUGGUAACUGGCCAGUUCCUUGAGGUAGACUUGAAUACUGUCGUCGGGCGAGCAGCAGGAGGCCUGGUGGACUAUCCGCUGGGAAAGCCAGAAACUGUCCCCACACCACCAUGGGUCCCCAUGCCGCCCCUGCCACCCAUGGCAGACACCAGCUCCUCCCAGCUGGGCCUCUCUGUGAACUUCCUCAGCUCGGUGCUGUCUGUCCUGCAGAAGGAGGGUGCCCUGGACCUGGACAUCUCCAACGGCAUGUUUCCUGAGCUCCCGCCACUAACCACAUCGACCCUUGGAGCCCUGAUUCCUGCGGUUUUCAAGGCAUACCGCGAGUCACAUGAAUUGCUGAUCAAAAUUGCAGUCCCUGAAGCACCGGUGGUGACCUUAAAGAAAAAUAAAGGUGUGAUCCAGCUCAUGGCUACAGCAGAGGUGAUGGUGAUCCACCCAGAUGAUGUCCAGAAAUCUCUCUGCCUUCUGAAUAUCAAAGCCUCCUUGCUGGCCGGGUUUUCUGUCGAGGACAACAAACUGAAGAUCCGCGUCAGCCUGGAGAAGGCUGAUCUCUCCUUGGUGUCUUCGUCCAUUGGUGGUUUUGAUGUCUCACUCCUGGAGAUGCUUGUUGGCCAGAUUUUCGAUGUCGCCUUCCUGCCUGCAAUGAACAGCGUGCUGGGAGCGGGGGUUCCCCUCCCCAGGCUGCUGAACAUCGACUUCACCAACGCGGACGUCGACGUCAUCGAAGAUCUCAUCGUGCUGUCAGCGUGA